CGCUCCCCGAGCGGCGGCAGCCCCGGCGCCCAGAGCCUUUUCUUGCCUCCCGGCGAUUAAUGGAAUGAUGUUGCGGAAAAGGCAGAGCGAUCCUGCCGGGCUCAGUCGGGACUGCUCGGGCGGCGGCGGAGGCGGCAGCAGCGGGGUAGCGAGCGGCAUGCGAGUGCCCCCCCGGCGCUAUGGCUAGCGGUGGCUCCGGCAAGUCCAGCAGCGAGGUGUCCGGCGGCGGCAUCCCCAGCAGCAGCUCCCUGCAGAGGAAGAAGCUCAUCUCUAUCUGCGACCACUGCAAGAUCAAGAUGCAACUGGUGGCCGAUCUGCUUCUGCUGUCGAGCGAGACCAGGCCGGUGAACACCGAGAGCCUGUCUGUCUUCGGUGAGUCCUUUGAGAAGUGCAGGGACACGAUCAUUGCCAGGACCAAAGGACUCUCCAUCUUGACCCAUGACGUCCAGAGCCAGCUCAACAUGGGACGCUUCGGGGAGGUGGGAGAAAGCCUGAUGGAGAUGGGGGAGCUGGUGGUCUCCCUGACCGAGUGCUCUGCCCACGCUGCCUACCUGGCUGCAGUGGAGACUCCGGGUGCCCAGCCUGCCAUGCCUGGCUUGGUGGAUCGCUACAAGGUGACCCGAUGUAGGCAUGAGGUGGAGCACGGCUGCGGGGUCUUGAAGACCACCCCUUUGGCAGAUAUGAGCCCUCAGCUCCUGCUGGAGGUUUCUCAGAACAUGUCCAAGAACUUGAAAUUCCUGACAGACGCCUGCGUGCUGGCCAGUGAGAAAUCCAAGGAUAAAUUUGCUAAGGAGCAGUUCAAACUCAGUGUCAAAUGCAUGAGCACCAGCGCCUCUGCCCUCUUGGCGUGUGUCAAGGAGGUCAAGACCUCGCCCAGCGAGCUGACCAGGAACCGGUGCGUCUUGUUCAGUGGACCUUUGGUGCAGUCCGUCUAUGCUCUGGUGGGCUUUGCCACUGAGCCCCAGUUUUUGGGUAAAGCUGCCACCAUUAAUCCAGAGGGCAAAGCUGUGCAAACUGCCAUCCUAGGAGGAGCCAUGAGCGUGGUAUCUGCUUGUGUGCUCCUGACCCAAUGCCUCAGGGAUAUCGCCCAACACCCCGAAAGUAGCACCAAAAUGAGCGAUUACAGGGAACGGUUGAGGAACUCAGCUUGCGCCGUCUCGGAUGGCUGCAACCUGCUAUCUCAGGCACUAAGAGAAAGAUCUUCACCCAGGACUUUACCGCCAGUGAACUCCAAUUCUGUGAAUUAACCCCCACAUCUUCUGUUUAGAUCCCAGUCAUUGCUAAAGGAAAAUAAUAUCCCACCUCCUCACCCCUUUUUUUGUAUACCAAAGAAUUUGCUUGGAUGAGCCCAAUCCUUUGAUUUCAUGUGGUGAAGAAGCAGAACGUAUUCAAACUAUAUGUACUAAUAAAGGUAGCCAGUUUUGGCUUCUUUUUAUUUUACUUUAAAGUUAAGCAAGUAUCUGCCGAUAAAUUUUCCUUUAUUCAACAAGGUCUUCACACAAGUGGUAAAACUGUUUCAAAGUUUUUUAUAUUUGGGGAGGUGGGGGUAUCUUAGAAAAAGGAGAAAAAAAAGAGCUUUAAUCGCGCUGGGUGCGGUUUUUAAAGUUUGUCUUGUCUUGUCUUCCGAAAUUUCCCUUCUAAAUUUUGCUGUUCGGUUGUGCAGGAAAAAGGUUACCUCAGUUCUAACUCAUUUAAAAAAAUGAAAAAACCCAACAACACAUAGAUGAUGGAUGUAGCUACUAUUUUGUUUGUUUUUGUUUUGUAUGACUUUUUUUUAUUUUGCAUCAAGUGUUAGGUUAGAAGUGCAUUUGGUGUGUAGGAGUGGAAGGACUGGAGGUUGUGAUUAUGUUUUCCAUGUGUUGAUUUCCAAACUGGGGGAAAAGCUACUGUGAGUGUUUAAACAAACAAACAAAAUUACACUAUAACAAAAGUGAUUUUUAAUUUUUUUUUUUCCAAUGUCAGUUUUUAUCUUGCAUGUACUGGAGUAUUUAUUUCAUCUAUUAAAAUGUUAUGUUUCUCA